AUUCAUGGUGGAUAUGAGUAGUCAAUCAAACUAAGCUCAGUUACUUUUGAGCUUUUGUAUGCCUUUGAUUCUAAGCAUUUCAAUGAAGGUGACUAAUAAUGUGUAAUAUUCGGAAAUUUUGUGAUUAUUUCCCAGAUCUGAGGUACUGUAACUGCCCCUAGACGCCCUGACAGUUCGUCGAAGCGUUAUAAUUUGUGACAUACGGGGGGAGGGGGUCAAGUUUUUUGCGUUUGUUUUGUCAAUUCAAAGUUAAAUUAUUUUCGUUUAGGAUUCCGUUGUCAUGUGGUAGGAUGCAAUCGAAUUGUACCAGGAUACAUCGAAGAGUUGAAGCAGCACUUUAUAUCGGUUCAUAAUUUGAAAACAUCCAAGGAAAAUUCGCUCCCAUUUCGUUGCUCGAAAUGUGGUGCUUUUAUUUCGUUAUUCAAAAACCUAAGGAAACAUAUUUUAAUGAAUCAUCCACGGCAAACAACGCCCCAAAUAGAAUCAAUGGAAAUUGUGCAUGAAGGGAGUUCUCAACUGGAUCAGCAGGUUGACUUAGAAAAUGAUGCUUCUAUGGAAUCAACAGCAAAGGACGAAAUACGCAACACGAUGUCGGAGUUCAUUACAACUAUGCGGUGCGAUGUUGGUUUGACGGAAAACAAAAUCCAGGCUAUCAUCAAUAAUACCAACAACAUUUUAAAACUGUACAACGUUUAUGUUGUGGGACUUAUAAAAAAAUUUGGAAGGGAUAAGAACAUGAUGAACGAUCCGGCCUUGGUAUUACUUAUAAAUGAUUGUAAACUGCAAGGGACAUGCGGUGAUGUUUUGACCUUCGACGACAAUUUCGCGUUUUUGGGGGCAAAGGCUAAAUGCGAACUUCCCUUACCUCGAGAGAAUAUCCUUGGAAAAACAAAGGUUACUAAAACCAAACACGUUGGUUUUCGAGAAGAAAAAGGUUUAAAGAGGUUCACAACCAAGAAAACUGUUCAAUCGAUUGUUGUCAAGAAGGAUGUAAGUCAUUACAUUCCCUUGGUUGAAACCUUGACACUUGUUGUUCAAAAUGCCAAAGCAAGACACUUAAUGAACAUUGAACAACAAAGCACAGAUGGAAAAAUAAGAGGUUUCAAGGACAGUAGAUUAUUUAAGGAACAUUCAUAUUUACAAAAAUUUCCCACCGCACUGAGAUUGUCGCUGCAUUUGGAUGAUGUGGAGUAUCUAAAUCCAUUGGGUGCAAGAAGAGGGAACAAAAAACUAACGAACUUUACGAUCAAGAUUCAGAAUUUUCCGUCCUCUAUUAAUAGCACUUCAGAUAGGUUGUAUGUAAUUUUGAUGGUUCAAACAAAAGUAUUAAAGAAGUAUGGUUACAAAAAAGUUUUGGAACCUUUGAUAGAAGAUUUCAUCAAACUGUCUUCCGAUGAAGGUGUUGAAGUACUACUUGAAGAUGGGUCACCAUUCACUUUAAGAGCUGUGUUAGUUAAUGUUCUAGGCGAUAGUCUAGCAAUGCAUGACGUUUUCGAAAUCAUGCCUCCUCAAUCAAACUUAUUCUGCAGACUGUGCUAUAUUUCUCGGCAUAUGUUUUUGUCUGGAAAUUACGGAGAAGUUGCCGAUUUAAGAACAGCUCGAUCGCUCCAUGCAGACAUUGAAUCAGUUUUCUUAAAAACUAAGGAACCCAAAGAAGCGGGUGUUAAGAAAAAAUCAUGUCUAAAUGACAUACCCCAUUUUCAAAUAGCAAAUAAUUUUACUUUCGACCCCAUGCACGACCUUUUAGAGGGUGUGGUAAAUAUGACAUUGAAAAAUAUUCUCCAUAAACUUAUUAACGAAGAGCACAUUAUAACGGACCUAAAGGUCAAUGAAAUAAUUCAACAAUUUGAUUACGGUUUCGUAGAGUCUCCUGAUAGACCUUCAUUCAAUAUUUCAAAGCAGCAUUUAAAAACAAAAUCUAAACUAAGUCAAUCUGCUUCUCAGUGCUGGACUUUGUUGCGCUCGUUUCAAUUUAUGUUUUGGGAAACGCUGGAAGGAAAAGAUAAAAUUAUAGAAAUAAUUGCUGCAUUAUUGCAUAUCACUUAUUGCUCUUUUUCACAAACUUUAGACAGUGAAAUGCUAGAUAAAAUGCAAGAAAAUAUAACCAUUUUUCAUUCAUUAUUCAAAGAAUGCUUCCCAACUGUUCGGCCUAUCAAUAAAUUCCACCAUAUUGCCCAUUAUAAAAGAAUGGCUUUAGAAUCAGGUUCCAUCGCAAAGCAUAGCUGCUUACAGUUCGAAGCUAAGUUUAAGGAAUCUAAAAGGCAAAGUAAACUUUGUAAUAACUUCAUGAACAUCACAUAUAGUUUCACAAAAAGGUUGAAUUUAAAGCAAAUUGAUAAUAUAUUGAAGCAUGAUUAUAGUAUUCCCAAAAUUGAGAUUAUUUCUUCGAAAAUGCAUCUCAAAAACAGUUUAAAUUGCGAUGUGAUGCUAAUAAGUGAUUUACCAGAUAUGGUUAAUGUUAUCAAACAUAUGAAGUUGGAUGGAACAUCUUUUAAACCUGGUUUAGUAGCUAAAUACACUAUUUUGAAUGAGUUCCAAUACGGCAUUAUACAAUGCAUUAUAAACCAUGAAAGUGGAAUCAUAUGCUUACUUCAACAAGUAGAAGCCAUUUUUUGUAGAAAAACCAUGAGUUAUAAAAUAUCAGAAUUAACUUCUUCAGUUCGAAUCUAUUCUAAACAGUUGAUUUCAUUGAAGACUUACAAUCUGUGGCAGUAUUUCAGAAAAAGUGAUAACAUAAAUUACAUUUGUCUAAAAUAUUUGGAUAACAAUUGAAUUUUACGACCGAACCAAAUCAAAAACUGUUAUCGAAAGUUACCCUUUUGUGAACCUUUUCCCUUCCUUUAUUUCAAUAAUUCUAACAGUUGAGUCGCCGCGACUAUUACGGCCCCUUACCCUACUAAUCUAAUUAAAUGAAUGAAAGAUGAAAACACUCUUCACAAACAACGCUCACUAGUAAAAAGCCUCUAACAUAGUACUUUUAAGAUAUUAUUGUACCAUACAUAAUUUGAAUCUUUACUACUUUGUAGUUUUUUUGUAACCUAAAAAUGCAAAUAGUUUAUCUGAAGUAAUCGGAAUUAUCGACGGUAACGGAAUUGUUAACCACUCCUGUAUUUGAAGAAAUUACUCCGCUAUAUUGAUGUAAGUUCCUAUUUUAUGAGUUUCUCUACAGUGCAUGUUUAACUGCAUGUUCAUUUACACAGAAGUUUUUUUCAACGAUUUUUAGGAAUAAGCACGCUUUUAGCAAACUUAAAAAGUUUUAAUUAUACCAAAACUUAGAACUUAUGGGCGUUUUGCUCUAAACUAUUUUUUUUCUCAACCCAGCGACAUGUGUAUGUUUUAUUUCAAAAUUAUUGAUUGCAUGUGAACUUAUCCAACGCAUGAGAAAUAUAUGUUUAGUGUUGUAUGUAUUUUUGGGUUGUAUUUCAUUAAUUUUUAUUUUUCAGCCAAUCAAUUCAACGACGUAUCGCUUAUGCUGUUGAAUGAAGAUCGUUUGAAACGAAUGGGGCUGAAGGAAGGACCAACACUCUUGGUUCUGGAUGUUAUAGAACGGUCGAAAAUGAAAAAUGUGUUGGCUCCAUCUAAUUUGGAUAAUAUAAUAAGAAAUGAAUCAUCAAAAAUUCGAAAAUUAUUGGAAGCAAAUUCCAAAUUUGCUCAAACAGUUUUGUAUAAGAAGCUUGACAAGGGACUGGAGCUCGAUAGGAAGGAAAGGUGCGAGAUGAUCCGGCUCCUAUGUUCGGAGUGGAGCGAUAGAGUGUUUUCGAAAAGCUAUCCAUCUACAACUGAGCAGCAAAAAUUGGCUCGUGAUAUAAUCGAUACUUUUCCGUAUUUAGCCAAGUCGGAACAUAGCAACGAGGCGGCAUUUUUUAAUAAGAAUAGUGGCAAAGGCCCCAAUCAUCCUCACAGUGGAAUAAUUUAUAACCACUUCAGGAACUUAUGCCACAAGGUCCCAUCAGAAAAGAAAAAAUUUAAACGAUCCAACAAAACGGAAAUUAUGAUAACGGAUGAAAUUCUUGAAACUGCGGAGUUUUUAAAAAAAAUGGAAGCAACAUCCGACAAUUAUACCUAUAUUACCGAAUAUAUUGUCAAAUGCCUCCCACUGUUUCUUACAAUGCUUAAACAUAAGAAAUCGCCGAGAAAUAUUAUCGACACAUUCCCACACUUGACUGGAUACAAUGGUGAUAUUAUUAUUCUCUUGUUUGAGCAGAUCAAACCGAACUUCAACAAACAUGCGAAUUUCAAUAGCAUGUGCUCCAAGGGACUCCUGUUCAAAACGACCAGUUUUUGUCGCGUUGAGGAUGAUAAUCUCAAGGGAUUACUCCGUAUAUGGAUGCAGUUAAACUGUCAGGGACUUAAGCGUAAAUCUGAAGAAGGUGACGCGGAGGAGCAACUGGCCAGUGCUCUAAUAAAAUGGAUUGGAGAAGACGACAUGGAUCUACGAGAUUACCUGGCACAGUCUGAGGUCAACUACAUUAGGAAUAACGCCUACCCUUCUGGGCACAUCUUGUGCCAAGGAAGACCAUUUUGUUUGGGAAUUUACUCCGUUUACAUAAGCGGAAUAAUAAUUAGAACCAACGGAAAUUUUUUGAAGGCCUUAGAAGUUUUGGUAAAAUCGCACCACGUUUUAGGGACCAAGCCGUCAAGCCAAUUAGCAAAGCUGCUUGAAUUUAUAGAUUUUCAUUGUUUAAAAAUUGUUAACACCAGCUCUAGAAACGGUGUAAUUAAAUUAGUACAAGCAUUUGACGAGGCAAAUGCCGCGAUUAACAAAUGUGUAACUGUAUAAGCAUUUCUCGUUUCAUUUUGCCAUUUUUUUACAAUAAUUAUUAUAUUAAAUCAUCAGGCGAAAAAU